GGGGCGGGGCUGGAUCGGGGUGGCCGCGUUCUUCCCGCUUCCUUGCAGCCGCGGCCGCUCCUCUCGCAGCCCGCGAGCCCUUCGUGGCUGCUUUCUCUAUGCCGCCCUCCCGAAAGCGCUCCGGUCAUUGUCAAUGCUAGAGCACUCAGGCCUGGAUUACUUCUAGAUAUGCGUCGCCUCCUCUGCAUCCUCCCGUAGCUCCUCAGCACCCCGGAAAACCCUCGCUGCCUCACGGAGGUCGCUGCUAGUCCCCACCACACGCUCAGCAAACUGCCCUGCAGCGCCUGCACGUGCAAUGAUCCUGGAGAACCGGCGAGGCUGUCUUCAAAAUCCCACCCCUUUAAGAAAUAACUUAAACCUGUGUUUCUCAGAGUGCUUCCCCUGACCUCAUCUAGAAAUGCGAAUGUUCAGCCUGCCCCAAACCUUUUAAACCUAGCGGGUCAGGCCACGCCUGGGUAUAGCUGGCCUCCAGGUGAUUCUGAUGCUGACAUCCUUUAAGACCCAUUGAUGUGUAAAGCCUGAGAGCCUUGAGGAGUCUGAACUGGAGGUUGGGACGAGCCAGGUUAGAGCUGCCGGGGGCUGAGCUGUGUGCAAAUGGAAGGGACAGAGACCCGACAGAGGAGGCUGGAAGGCUACGACAGGCCAGAGGAGCUGGAGGCGUUGCCCUCCCUCAGCACAAAAAGACUCCCUGAGACCUCAGAAGAUGGAUGUCCGGGAGUCCCUGAGGGCCCGGCGGUGGCCCCCAAACCACUGGAGGCUGAGCCCAGCAGAGAGACUGCCUGCACCAUUGGCCUCCAGGUGACAGUGCCCUUCGUGUUUGCAGGCCUAGGCCUGUCCUGCGCUGGCAUACUCUUGAACCAUUUCCAGCACUGGCCCGUGUUUGUGGAGGUUAAGGACCUUUUGACGUUGGUUCCACCUCUAGUGGGCCUGAAGGGGAACCUGGAAAUGACGCUGGCGUCACGGCUCUCCACAGCUGCCAACACCGGACAGAUUGAUGACCCCCAGGAAAAACUCAGAAUCAUCAGCAGCAACCUCGCCCUCAUUCAGGUGCAGGCCACUGUCGUGGGGCUUCUGGCCGCAGUGGCUGCCCUGCUGCUGGGUGCUAUGUCUAGAGAGGAGUUGGACUUGGCCAGGGUGGCAUUGCUGUGUGCCAGCAGCGUCCUCACCGCCUUCCUCGCAGCCUUCGCCCUGGGAGUGCUGAUGGUCUGUAUAGUGGUUGGCGCUCGAAAACUGGGGAUCAACCCGGACAACAUUGCCACACCCAUCGCAGCCAGCCUGGGCGACCUCAUCACACUGUCCAUUCUGGCUUUGGUUAGCAGCUUCUUCUAUAGACACAAAGACACCUGGUAUUUGACCCCGCUGGUCUGCAUCGGCUUCAUGUCUCUGAUCCCCCUGUGGGUCCUCAUCGCCAAGCAGAACCCCCCAGUCAUGAAGAUCCUAAAGUUCGGGUGGUUUCCAAUCAUCCUUGCCAUGGUCAUCAGCAGUUUGGGAGGCCUCAUCCUGAGCAAAACCAUCUCCAAGCACCAGUACAAAGGCAUGGCCGUAUUUACUCCUGUCAUGUGCGGUGUUGGUGGUAACUUGGUUGCCAUUCAGACCAGCCGGAUCUCCACUUACCUGCACAUUUGGAGCACACCCGGGGUCCUACCUCUCCAGAUGAAAAAAUUCUGGCCUAACCCAUGUUCUACUUUCUGCACCUCAGAAAUCAAUUCCAAGUCAGCCAGAGUCCUGCUCUUUCUGGUGAUCCCAGGCCAUCUGAUUUUCUUCUACAUCAUCUACCUGGUGGAGGGUCAGUCAGUGACCAACAGCAAGACCUUUGUGGUGCUGUAUCUGCUGGCAGGCCUGAUCCAGGUGAUAAUCUUGCUGUACUUGGCAGAAGUGAUGGUUCGGCUGACCUGGCACCACGCUCUGGAUCCUGACAACCACUGCAUCCCAUACCUUACUGGGCUGGGGGACCUGCUAGGGACUGGCCUCCUGGCACUGUGCUUCAUUGUCACCUGGGUCCUGAGCGGCAAAGCAGAGCUGGAUGCCAUCUCGGACCUGGCCCCUGGAGCUCCGUGACCCAGCCUAGCCGCUGCGGUGGCUCAUAAUGUUCCCUCACAACAGAGUGCAGCGUGUUGUCUCUCCCUUGCUGGUCCUCAGGAUGGUUGGCAGCCUGCCUCUGCAGCGGCUGAGCAGACCCACACAAACUCUGACUUGGGUUGGUAGCUGAGCGCUGAAAUCAGGAGCCUUCCUUGUGAGUGUGUGAAUGGGAGUUUGCACGUGUGUGUGCAAAGCAGAGUGUUCAGGCCUGAAGACGGCUUGGGAAAAGGCAGGUCUGGUGUGUGCGCCCUGGUUUAUGCCCGUGUAGCCCAGAUUCAGGUGGAGCAAGAGGGAGCUCCUUUGUGUCCCCAGGUCUCAGGACCGCACCGUGGCUUAACUGCUGUCUUCACUAGGUUCCAGGCCUGUGGGCCGCGCUGUGGGGGUCGUACAGAUGUGUGCACCCUCCUCAAGGCAGGCUUUGCUUUCUUCUCUGCUCUCAGCAUUUAAGUUUGGUGCGGCUUUCUUUUUAUUUACCUUUUUAUUUGUUUAGUUUUUUGGGUUUUUUUUUAGCACAACUUUCUGUUUCAGUGAUCAGAGACAUGUAAAAUAAAACAGGUGAUACUAUA